AUGGCGGAGUACAAACUUCAAUACUUUAACAUGAUGGGAAGAGCUGAGCCAGCACGGCUCAUAUUCGCCUACGCCGGCGUCCAAUAUAAGGACGAAAGAAUCGAAAAGUCCCAGUGGCCGGAAAUUAAACCAACGACUCCACACGGAAAACUUCCAGUUCUCCAUGUCGACGGGAAGCAACUUGCUCAAAGCCGUGUCAUCGAGCGCUACCUCGGCAAGGUUUUUGGGCUCGCUGGAGAGAAUGAGUGGGAAACUGCCAAGAUGGAGGAACUUCAGGCGUGUGUUGAGGAUUUCCUCAUCGAGAUCCAGCCGUGGUUCAAAGAGCAGGACAAUGCCAAGAAGGUGGAAAUCUUCAAGCAGCUCAUUGAGAGCACCAUCAUUCCAUUCAUCACUGCGUUCGAGAACAUUCUAGUUACCAAUGGAACCGGAUACUUCGUGGGAGACAAGAUCUCCUACGCCGAUCUCGCGAUCUUCCACAUCUUCUGGUUCAUGAACUCUAAAAUCCUUCCGGGAGCACUUCGCAAGUACCCAAAGCUCCAUGAGUUUGUUGAGAAGAUUUCUGCGAUUGACUCCAUCAAGCAAUGGAUCAACUCUCGCCCAAAGACAGAGGCCUAA